AUGUGUGACCUUAUUCAAUCAAUUUCGAGUUGGAUAUCGGGUUAUUGGUUUCCGACUUCGAAGGAACAGCUUCAAGAUGCCGAGUGCAGGAUCCUCGAGCGAAUAAAGCGACCAUGGGUUGGAAAUUUUAUUCGUGUUGGACCAGAUAUCGAUCUGUGGACGGUGCAAGUAAAUCUUUCACCGUCAAAGCAACCUCCUCUUGUUUUGCUACACGGUUUGUCUGGUGGUAUCUGCUGGUGGGCUCAAAAUUUUAACGACCUAAGUGAAGAGCGUAGUGUUUAUGCCUUCGACUUGCCUGGUUUUGGACGAAGUUCAAGGCCUGAGUUUGUGACAGAUGACAGAGCAACGGAAGAAGAGUUUGUUCAUUACAUCGAGGAAUGGAGGAAGGUCGUUGGACUAGAAAAAAUGAUCCUUCUGGGCCAUAGUCUUGGAGGUUAUUUAGCAAUGGCUUACGCGUUGAAGUAUCCUUCGAGAAUCAAGCAUUUGAUUCUGUCUGACGCAUGGGGAUUUGCUAUUUUACCCGCUGGAAUUGUAGACAGACACCCAGAUGUGGAACAACGAACUGAUUUACUACCAAGGUGGAUUCAUUUCGGGAAUUUCAUCGUCAACAUAUGCAACGUGCUUUCUCCGUUAAGAGCUUCUGGCCCAUUUGGGCCAUGGUUGACUCGUCUGGCGCAGUAUGAUAGUAAUAAGAGAGCAUCGGAACUGUGGAAAGAUAAAGCAAUGCUAGAGUAUAUCUACCACUGCAACGCGCAAAGACCUUCAGGAGAAGACGCCUUUCGAAACAUGAAUAUUUUACUAAUGUGGGCGAAAUCACCAAUGAUCAAACGAGUGAAAGAACUACCCGAAGACAUUCCAAUGACAGUCAUGUAUGGCUCGUCAACCUUCUUUGACCAUCGCACAGCUUACGAGAUAAAAUGCAUCCGGGAAAACUCUUCAGUGGAAGUGUUCAUUGUGAAAAAUGCUGGUCAUGACAUACACGUAGACAAUGCCGGGGAAUUUAACGGGUUGCUCAAAGAAAUUCUGAGUGGAAUCAAAGAUGAAGAAGAUUGGACGACUGUUGACUGA